CACACACACACACACACACACACACACACACACACACACACACACACACACACACACACACACACACACACAGACACACACACACACACAGACGGCCCUCAGAAUGACACAGCUCUGAUCGGAGGGAGGUGAUCUCUGAAAUUGCUCAGUGAGCACCACUAAUUUCCCUGAUUUACAUAUCGCUGUCAAUCACACCCAAUGGAAUCCAAUCAGAAAGCAGGCGGGGACGGACUGGCGGGGACGCAGAAGGAGGCGGCACUGCGGGAGCUAAUGCAACGCACAGGAUACCAACUACAGCAGGAGAACGGCCAGCGGCGGUACGGCGGCCCUCCGCCCAACUGGGAAGGUCCGCCGCCAGAGCGAGGCAGCGAGAUCUUUGUGGGGAAACUACCGAGAGAUCUGUUCGAAGACGAACUGGUUCCACUGUGUGAGAAGUUCGGUAAGAUCUACGAGGUGAGGAUGAUGAUGGACUUCAACGGGAACAACAGAGGUUACGCCUUCGUUACCUUCGGCAACAAAUUGGAGGCCAAAGCAGCCAUGAAGCAGCUCAACAACUACGAGAUCAGGAACGGUCGCCUGCUCGGAGUGUGUGCCAGCGUCGACAACUGCCGUCUGUUUGUUGGCGGGAUUCCCAAAACCAAGAAGCGCGAGGAGAUCCUUACCGAGAUGAGGAAGGUCACUGACGGCGUGGUGGACGUCAUCGUGUACCCGAGCGCCGCCGAUAAAUCCAAGAACCGAGGCUUCGCCUUCGUCGAGUACGAGAGCCACCGAGCAGCCGCCAUGGCCCGCCGCAAACUGCUGCCAGGUCGUAUUCAGCUGUGGGGUCACGCCAUCGCCGUGGACUGGGCGGAGCCAGAGGUUGAGGUGGACGAGGAUACCAUGGCGUCCGUCAAGAUAUUGUACGUCAGGAAUCUGAUGCUUCAGACAACCGAGGAGACCAUCGAGAAGGAGUUCAACAGCCUCAGACCAGGUGCAGUGGAGCGAGUGAAAAAGAUCAGAGACUACGCCUUCGUUCAUUUCACUCAGAGAGAAGACGCCAUCAACGCCAUGAACGCCCUCAACGGAAAGGUGGUGGACGGCUCUCCUAUCGAGGUGACUCUGGCCAAGCCGGUGGACAAGGACAGUUACGUCCGAUACACCAGAGGGACCGGAGGACGCGGAGGAUCUCUGCUGCAGACUGACUACGCUGCCUACACUCUGGGACAGGUACAACCCCAACACCAGCUUCAUGUGUACGACCCCUCAGCGGCGUAUCUCGGUCCACCCGUGUUUUACGCCCCCCAGGCCUACGCUGCCAUACCAGGUCAGUUCCGAUUCCCGACGGCCAAAGCUCACAUUGGAGGUCGAGGUCUGAUCAGGACGCCAUCGGUCAGAGAAAUUUACAUGACUGUACCUGUAGGGGCUGCCGGGGUGCGGGGGCUGGGCGGGCGGGGAUACCUGGCCUACGCUUCCGGGGUCGGAGCCGUGGGUGGAGCCGGCGCCUCCUAUGGCCUGAAGGCCGACAAGCAGGCAGAGGAGAAGCUGUAUGACCUGCUGCCAGGCAUGGAGCUAACCCCGAUGAACCCUGGCGCCAUGAGCCUGAAGGCCGCCGCCAUCAAACCUGCACCACAGGUUCUGGAGGAGUUGUGUCAGAAGAAUAACUGGGGUCAGCCUGUCUAUCAGCUCCACUCUGCCAUCGGUCCGGACCAGAGACAACUCUUUCUCUACAAGAUCACAAUCCCAGCUCUGGCUACACAGUACCCCAACGUCCAUCCCUUCACGCCUGCUAAGCUGUGUGCCGCUGUAGAAGAAGCUAAAGUCCAUGCAGCAGAGCACACGCUGCAGACGCUUGGCCUGCAGACAGAUGGCAACGCUGACAACGGCUGUGCCAGUGCUGGCGCUGUGGCCUCGGUAGCCUUCCCAGGUUACACUCUGGCAAGCCCGGUGGCGUCUGCGGUAGCCUCCCAGCUGAAGCAGGCUGUAUCUCUGGGUCAGGACCUGACCGCCUACACCACCUACGAGGGAUACCCUGCCUUCGCUGUGGCGACACGUCACAGUGACGGCUACGGCGUUUUCUAGAAGAGAGGUUUACAAUGACGAAAAACGCUCUCAGCUAAAGAUGCAUUCACACCAAACUGCUCUCCUUUCACAUUGCCAUUUUUAAAUCUGUUUGAAAAGUUUUCAGUUUCUGAUCAGUAUAAGAAAGUAAGAAUGAAUGAACUGGAUCAUUGGUGAACUCUUUCUCUUAAUUCAGUUUCAUCAGGACAUAAAAUGAGG